AUGUUUUUGAAAUCUACUUCAAGUCAGUACAGAGACAAGUUGUACAGAACAGUGUACCAACAAGGUGUACAGAUCAAUAUACAGACAAGGUGUACAGAUCAGUGUACAGACAAGGUGUACAUAUCAGUAUACAGACAAGGUGUACAGAUCAAUGUACAGACAAGGUGUACAGAUGAGUAUACAGACAAGGUGUACAUAUCAGUACACAGACAUGGUGUACAGAUCAGCGUACCUACAAUGUGUACAGAUCAGCAUGGUGUAAAGAUCAGUGUACCGACAAGGUGUACAUAUCAGUACACAGACAAUGUGUACAGAUCAGUAUACAGACAAGGUGUAGAGAUCAGUAUAAAGACAAGGUGUACGGAUCAGUAUACAAACAUGGUGUACAGAUCAGUAUACAGACAAGGUGUUCAGAUCAUUGUACAGACAAGGUGUACAGAUCAGUGUACAGACAAGGUGUAA